AUGGCUCCAAUUCUCGCAAUUGUAACCUCCCUUUUACUGCCUGUUGCCUCAAUGGCAGCAGCCAUUCCUCAAGAGGGUGAGGACAGAAUUAUUGGUGGAUCUCCAGCAAGAGAGGGCCAGUUCCCUUCCACCGUGAAGCUUCUGAAGGAUGGCGAACAACACUGUGGUGGUGCCUUGAUUGGCGACAGACUUGUUCUUACGGCAGCACACUGUGUUGGGGUCGCUGCUAGUAGCCUCUCAAUUCGUGCUGGCUCUCUGAAAUGGGAUGAGGGUGGCGUCACCUCCCGUGUUGCAAGAAUUUCCAGGCAUAGUUCAUGGAACAUGCCAAGGAUGCACAAUGAUAUUGCUCUCCUUCAUUUGGCAUCUCCCAUUAAGGAGAGCUCAGUAAUUAAAUAUGGUCGUCCGACGUCAUCUACUGCUGAUCCAACAGGCUCUGUCGUAUCUGCUGGAUGGGGCAGAACCUCCCCGACAGGGCCAGGCUCACCAAACUUGCUAUUUAUUCAAACUUCCAUGAUUGACCGCGCAUCAUGCAAAAGGUGGCACGCUUCGCUGGCUGAAACCAUGAUCUGUUCUGGAAUCAGAGGCAAAGCUGUCUGCAAAGGAGACAGUGGUACCCCGUUGUACGACUCCUCAAAGAACAUUAUUGGCAUCGUGUCCUUCGGUUCCAAUGUUUGCUCCAACGAUGGGGUUCCAGCGGUCUACACCAAAGUCGGCGCUUAUGGCAACUGGAUCAAACAAAACAGUGGCACUGGCGGUGGCCAGCCAGAUCAACCCGAGGGGCCUGAGGAACCUGAGGAGCCAGAAGUCUCCCGGUUCUAG